GUGCCCCGCUGUUGACGGUUGCCACGGUGACCCGGCGCGUCCGUGUGACGCGGCAGCGGAAGGGGGCGCCUGCGGCCUAAUCCAUCUUCGAGCCCGUGCGGAGUACGGAUGCUGGUAUCCUCGGAGCCGUCGGAGUGUGGGAGAUCGUCUUGCAGUUAAUGCUAAUGUACAGUCAGGCUUCUGAAGCAGACUAGAGGGACAACGCCUUAGAUUCGGCCUGAGUAAUGUGCAACAUUGAAGUCUCCAAUUUCAGUUCAAAGGAAGGGACUCAACCCAAAACACUGACCGCCCAUUCCCUUCCACAGAUUCUGCCUGACUGACUGAGUUCUUCCAGCAUCUUGUUGUUCCAGAAUCCAGGAUCCGCAGUCUCUUUGUCUUCAAGUCUUCAGACUUGUUUGCGAUAACCGGGUCUGAAGCGGAGCCAUGCCUCUGUUCGGCAAUGUCUUUAGCCCAAAGAAAACACCGCCCAGAAAGUCAGCUUCUCUUUCCAGUUUACAUACGCUGGACCGCGUGACCCGGGAGGUUGAACUGGGACUAGAUCACGGUGCUCCUGUGAUGAAUAUUGGAGGACAGAGCCUGAAGUUUGACAACGGGCAGUGGAUAUCAGAGUCUGUGCGUGACGGUGGGCCACACAAGGAGGUUCAGCGCCUGCGGAAGCGUAACCAGCAGCUGGAGGAGGAGAACAACCUUCUGCGGCUGAAGAUUGACAUUCUGCUGGACAUGCUCUCUGAAACAACGGCAGAAUCACACCUGAUGGAGAAGGAGCUGGAGGAACUGAAAACUCACAACCGCAAGAGGAAAUGAGAGGAGCUACAGUGAGACUGCAGACCCAAUGACAGAAGCAUUUUGCCUGGGGAGACGGCCAAGGAAGGACUGCUCGUCAGCACUAGGAAUGGGUGGCUGUGUAUUCAACUGCAUCUGAGUGUCCCCACACAAGGCCCAUCACGUUGUAUCUCCAGUCAGUAUCUCAAAGUGGCACCAUUGUCCAAUAGCCAGAUCCUUCACCCAGUGGGGCAGAGUGAGACUUUGAGAACAUCAGCAACAUUGUGUCCUUCGUUGUCAGAAACCUCCAAUGUUCUAACAGUGGUGUGUGCUUUAGGCACAGGGUACCCCACACAAUCAUCAUUCAACUGUUAUUGGCCUGCAAGCCAAUUUCAUUAAUGACAUCUCUGGUCUAAUUAACGGUGAAUCCGUGUGUAGAGACACACACAGACUCAUCUUUGCUGACGUGCCCUCUCUUUACACUCUGGUGUCUGUCUAGGAAGGUUGUCCAUUGCCAUUUGCCUGAAGUUACAAUGCAUCCAUUCCUGAAUCUCUUGUAAAAGGGAUUGCUGAUCCAGUCCUGUUUAUAUCAGUUAAUCUUCACCCUCAAAGCAGCCCCCUCAAUCUUCCCCUUAGUGAUAUACUUUCUAUUAUUUUAUCUGUUGAUUUAAUAACUUUCUGCAUCAGACUUUGUGAGCGUCAUUCUGGACCAGCCAAGUCCUUCCCACCCACUUGUGGGGUUUAUACAGCGGCAAUGGAAAAUAACCCUGAGUACAAAUGGUGCCUUACGCCUUGUAGCUGCUCAGUGCUAAGCAUUGGCAUGUACUAUUUGUUUAUGUUCCUUUGCCCCUCAUCUCCCAGUCAUUACAUUCACCUCUUUGCUUUCCCAGUUGAAUUUCUGUACAACGAACAAACUUGCUGCUGAAAAGAGCAGCUUUGUCUUUUUUCUGUUUGCUUUUGUGAUUUCUGUUUUACUCCUUUACUGGUGUGAUCGCAGAGGGCAUUAACAAUUGUUUUUGUUUUAAUUUUUGAGUUGUUAAGCAAUACAUGUGUUUUUAAACCAAAGCCUUAUUUCCAAGUGAUUGUAUUUAUUUCAGAUUUGAAUUAAAAUAUUCCCAAGUGCU